AAAACACAUUUUUUAAAUUUUAAUCACUGACUGUGUUUCGUAAAAAAAUGCAGAAAACUGAAAAAACAAAAUCACUUCUCCGUCCGUCCAAUCCAAUUCACAAAACGACACCAGAAACGAAGGAGAGAAGCAGAAGCCAGAAGCCACAACUCCCUUCUUCCUUGCGUCGUUUUCUUCUAUAGUCACUAUCACUCAACUCACUUUUCGCUUUUCACAAUUUCAUUACUUUUAACAAUCAAUCCACUCACUCUCUCUCUCUGUCUACUUUAAAGAAACCAUUGACUGCUCGUUCUUAUUCCUACACCUUAUUCUCUUCGUUCCGUUUUGCCUUCACGCUUUGCUUAUAAAUUCUAAUCUCUCUCGUCUUUUUACUCUCUCUUCAUGUCGUUUUUCCAGUUAUGGCUGGUUUGAUGAGAUUAGGGUUGGAGUGGUAAUCCGAGUGUUGAACGGUGCGUUUUGGAGAUUGAAAUGGAGAGAAGAAUGAACAAUUAUCGGCAAGUGAGUCCGGAGAGAGCCAAAGUGUGGACGGAGAAAUCGCCAAAGUAUCAUCAGUUAAGUCGGAAAGUGGCUGUUGUGUACUAUCUAUGUAGGAAUCGUCAGCUUGAACAUCCUCACAUUAUUGAAGUUCCGUUGUCACCAGACGGUUUAUACUUAAGAGAUGUGAUUUAUAGGCUUAAUGGUCUGAGAGGCAGAGGGAUGGCUUCUAUGUAUUCGUGGUCUUGUAAGAGAAGCUACAGGAAUGGAUUUGUGUGGCAUGAUCUCUGUGAAGAUGAUCUAAUUCUUCCUGUGCACAGAAAUGAAUAUGUUCUUAAAGGAUCUGAGCUCUUUGAUGAAUCUAAAUCAGGUCAUCUCAGUCCUAUUGGAAACACCAAAAUUCAGAGCUUGAAACAGUUAGCAUUACCAGAACCAGCAUCUUCUAGGAGCCAAGACGAUUCUUCAUCAUCUUCGAGCAUGAUUGAGAAGGGAACUAAGCAUUCCCAAGAUGAUGACCUUUCUCCUCCAGUUGAAGAUCCUCAUUCUUCUGGUGUGUCACCAAAAUCUACAGUUGGAAAGAAUUCUUCUUGGGGUGGUUCUCUAAGCUUAACAGAGUAUAAGGUUUAUAAGACUGAUGGAUCAGCAGAUGCUUCAACACAGACUGAGGAUGUGAAUGGAUCUAAAACAAGAGAAACCUGUACUAGGGGUAUAUCUACUGAUGAUAGGUCUAUAGAACCUUCUUGUAAUGGGAAUUACCAAAAUCAGGUUCCAUGUGUGAAAGAGAAUUCUGAGAUAUGUGGGAAUUCAGUUUCAGUUUCACCUCCUCCAUCUUCCUGUAGUCUAUCUUCCUCAGGUGGGAGGACUGAAACUUUGGAAUCCUUGAUUAGAGCUGAUGUUAAUAAAAUUAACAGUUUCAGAAUUCUUGAGGAGGAAGAAAUCCGAAUGCAAACCAAAGCAAGACUCAAGGCUACAAAUAUGUUGAUGCAAUUGAUCUCUUGCGGGUCAAUAUCAGUAAAAGAUCACAGUUUUGGUCUAAUUCCAACCUACAGGCCGAUGUUUUCCCAUUCAAAGAUUCCCUCCCCGUUGUUCUCUACUUCACUAAUGUUGGGAGAGCGUGAUUCCUUGUCUGAGAAUCCAAGGUUGAUGAGCCUGAGACUGGAAAACAAAGAAUAUUUUAGUGGGAGUUUGAUUGAGACGAAAAUGCCGAAGGAAGAAGAAGAAGAACUUCUUAAUUCUUUGAAGCGGUCUUCUUCCUACAAUGCUAACAGGACUUCAAAGCAAUUGGAUUCAAUUGAGGACAAAGAGGAGUCUAAUUCUGGACAUUCAAAAUGCAUUCCUCGCUCAAUCAAGGCCUCGCUAAGCAAGCAACCACGAAGCGAUUCAAUGAAAUCACCUAUUUCUGACAAACCUAGAAAUUCCUCUGAUAGAGUGGACAGCUCCCAAAGUAUACCUAGUACCUCAUCCAAUGGUAGCAGUAAAAGAACAAUUGAACCUGUUUCAGGUGAAAAACCAUCAAACAGGCUGGAUUCUUUCAGAGAAGAGAAGGAGAAUGUGAUCAAAAUCGAAGAAAGGCUUGCUUCAGGAGCUCGGGUUAUAAUCCAAUCGAAAGUGCCGAAUGAUGUCAAUUUCAGCUGCUCUUGGAGAUAAUUUUGAAGUUCUAUCGGGGGAUAGAUCCUUUUUUCGUAAAAUUUUGUCAUUGCUUAAACUGUAAGUUUGGUUUGAAUACCAAAUGAUGAUGGAUGUAUGGCAGAUCCAUUCCAUUCCAUGUGACCAUUUUGUACAUCUGGAAAGUUGAAAGAGGAAAAGAGAAAGAGAAAGUUAAAAUUCUCUCUUUUGCCAAAGUGCUGCAGCUGUAGUGAACCAUUCUAUUCUAUGCUUCAUGGAGUAAAUUGUUUGGUCAGCUUUCUCACGAAUUACACUGCAAAAGAAGAACAAACUGGCAAGAUUACUUUAGUGAAUAUGACUUGGACUGGUAACUGGUUACCGUAAAAUUUACCUUGGCUAAAUUGACCAUCCUCGAGAGAUUCCUUAUGCUCCAUUGUCAGAAUCCUAUGCGGAAAAGUUACUUUUUUUACAAGCUCGAUAUUAUAUCUGCAUCUUUAAAUUGAAGCCAGGUUUCAAAUUAACACUAGUGGAAAGGGAAAGGGCUGCCAUUGCCAAAAGCUUUUGCACGUGCGAGACAGCUUUAUGAUCCUGAGACAGAGGCUUGCCUAGAAGUCCGAGAUCAAUCUAUUUUCGGUGAUACAAAUUGAGGCUAGCGUAGUGCUCAGUGGAAGGUCAAAGCAAAAAAAGAUAAAGGAAGCCAAAAAAGAUAAGCUUAGUGCUCCAUGAGGUGGUGCCAUAUAUAAAAAUGUUUGAGUUUAAAUCUUUUUUAAUGGCAUUUCAAGAUUAGAUUUUUAAUUUA